CGUUUUGCAAAUUCAGGAGUCCCAUUCCUUAUUCGUGCAAUAGUCUGAUAAAAAAUUACAUGUAAUUUAAAGUGCUUUUGAAGUGCAUAUGUGAAACGAGACGCGAAAUGAUAAUAGUUUUAAUGAAGAAAUAAGACUUUUAAAUCGCCAUUUUACCAUCCACCAAACCUUGGUCGCGUGACGCCGCCGGAAACAGUUGUUGCGAUUUACAUCCAGCAGGACCCAGGGAUGGAUCAAGAAGUAAUCAGCGAAUUUAAAGAAAACAUCUUGUUACUAGAGUUUACACUGAAGGACUGAGAGUCGUUGAUUGGCUGUUAAUUAAGAGUUCCUGGUCCAUCAGUCCUUGAAGAUGUUAUCCAACCCUUUGACCGACCCUAACGAAACACGGCAGGUUUCUUCGACUGGUCCCUGCCCACAGUCUGCACUCUAUCAAGACCUGUUGGCGAUGGCCUACAGAGGAACUGCAAAAGCAGAGAUUGGGAAGGAAGAUAAUAUGAUGUGUUCAGUUCAGGAACCUCAGACAUCAAGUUUUGCUUUCCUGGACAAUGAUAAACAGCUGAAACAGACUUCUUCAGAGCUGAAUGGUGAUUUGGGAAGCAAUAGUAAUUUCAAAGCUAGCACAGAUGAAGAAUGGAAACUGCCGUUGACCUUGCCUUCUGAAUGUCCAAAAGGAGAGCAACUGGGUUCUCUGGAGCGCUUUCUUGUGGCCCAUCAGACUGAAAUGAAGCGCGUGCUGACAGGCACGCUCGGUGUCCUGAGUCAGCGGCUUGAGGCAGUCGAGCGAAGGAUCGAGCAGCUGCAUGUCCAGGGCACUGCACAUGGAAAAAGUCUAGCCCUGCUUCACAGCGAAGUUAGCCUCCUGGGAAGAAGCAUCACUGCUGGCUGUUCAAGCACGCUGACUGCUCCGAGUAUUCCCCUUUCCGGCACUUAUGAAAAGCACUCCGUGGAGGAAAAGGAAGAUGGUGACAUAUCCAAGAUAUCCUCUCAGGGAUCAGUUAGUCAUGGAAGUAGGGACACUGUGUACCAACCAUGGAUUGAUUCAGGGACUGCCAUUGAUUUCUCAGCACAUAACACUGAUUGUAAUCAUAACACGGAGGUCUUGGACCCUCUGGUGCUUAAUGGAGAUUCAUCCGGACAGGAGAAAACAGCUUUUGCAGCUGGUAACUACUUACGGGUUUCGGCUUUUGAAGACUUGAACAUGGAACAGGAUGCGUUGCUCGGUAAAUCUGACGAGAAAGACAGCCAAAAUGAGCCACCUUGUUAUCCAAAGCCCCAGUCUUCUGAGAGCUUGGAUGCAGGUAUUCAGUGUCACUCUACUGAUCAGUGUUUACACGGAUCAGCACAAUUUAAGGUGCCUUCUUUCAGUAGUGAAGUUCUUAAAAGUUCAGGCGAGGGAAGCUCGUGCAUGAAUCAUGGUCCUAGUAGUGUAAGUUCAGAUAUUAAAAAUUGCAGGUCAGAAGGAAAGUCUGUCCUGUUGAGACAUCCCUCACCAGACUUGAUGGCAAGUAGGUUGCACUUAGUCGGUCAGUCUAGUACUGCUGACAAACCUGAAACUUGUCCUGCUCCUUUGAUCACGACUCUGUCCACAGAAAGUCCUACGACAAUAGCCAAAAAAGACGAGUGGCCAUUUUUUGAAAUUGUAUCUGUUCCUACCUUGUUCAAAAUCCCAUCCCUUUCAGAGAUCAUGCCAGGCUCAAGCAAGGAUUUACUUUUAGGAGAUGCUUUCAGUUUAGUUGUUGAUGAGAGGACAAAUCAAUGUGGAAAGGGAAAGGAGAAACAGUCAAAGGUUAUAGCUUCCCAGUCUUCUUCAAGGAAUGGAGCAUUGGCCUGUGCCAGGAUAAAAUCUUACCCUUAUUCUCAUCGCACAUUAGUCACCUCUGUGGUGCUACCUUUGGACUCUUACAAAGCUUGCCUUUCAGACGUGGGAUUUCUUUUGCAGUCGACUGAUUCAGAAGUGUCCGGUGCCAAGAAUGGGCUAACAAAACUGCGUCAUACAGGAACACAAUCUAACUACAAUAUGAGCAGUCUUCUAAAUCACCUGGAUGAUAUUGCCUGCCGCUUGCUUCCUAAUAGACCCCCUAUCAAAAAUGUCCUGUCUCUGGUGCGAUACCACAGAAUUGCGUCUAAACUCAAACACCACCAUCCUAAGGACCAUUCCUUUUCUAAAUGGUCUCCACUGAACACCAGUCAAGUGUGCCGUCUACCCCUUCCAAACCUAAAAAUGGAUACCUGGGGGCCUGUUGUGAGACAUGAAAACAGUGUUCACCCACUUCACUCAAAGCAGAGUGGAGACUUGAACCUCCAUACCCCACCACCUCAUCUGCUAAGUAUGGCACAAGCUUUUCAGAUUCCCACAUAUUUCCCCAUGUCUAUUGUGAGAAAAGGGAGCUUCCCUAGGGCAGGCCUGAGCACAGUGUUGGCCAUGUCGUCUCCGGCCUCUUUCAGACUCUGGUUACGCUACAUCCUCCCCCCUUUUUCCUUCACAUCCUCGUCAUCUUCUUUGGUCAAUACUGUGAAGAACCAGAUUAUAGCGCAGACCAAAUGUUCUCCUCUUCGGCCAUUGGCUGAUUACACCGGUCCUCCAGGUCUGGGUAAUGAUCACAGCUACGCUGACCGAUUCAUUCAAGAUUCUCCUCCCAGGAAGAAAACCGAUUCAGUGCGGCAAUCUGGCUCAUCUCCAUCCCUCAGCCCAGAGAGGAGCUCAGAUAUUACUGCACGAUAUAGCCCUAGUGUCAAGAUUGUGAGGUUGGAGGUGUCCCCCGCUGAAACUUUGUCCACGUUUUCCAUUACUGGUACAAACGUUAAGAACCCUGAACUGCACACCCUGGAAGACUCUGGAGAGGCCAAGCAGGUGGGGCUUCAUGAAUCGAGCUCUUCGUUGCAACCAGCCAAAAGGUCUAAAAGGGUUUCUCAGAUUCGCAUCCGCAAGACGGUGCCCAAACCAGACAAAAACCUCACCCCGAUGGGGCUCCCAAAACCAAAGAGAUUGAAGAAGAAGGAGUUUAGUCUGGAGGAGAUUUACACCAACAAGAAUUACAAAUCUCCAACUCCAAACAGAAGCUUGGAGACAAUCUUCGAGGAGCCAAAGGAGAAGGACGGUACGCUGGUUUGCAUCGGCAAUCAAAAACGAAAGCGGGUUUUAGAUUUCCCAGAUUUUACCCUACCACGCAAACGCAAAGCCAAGGCCAACCUGGGUUCUCUUCGGUUAAAGGGAUCCCGUAGAGCCAAAAAUAAAGACGCAGACCUGAACGUCAUGCUAAUCCAGAGACUUCGUGAACUGGAGGACUACUUCUCUCACCAGGGACUGGAGGACUAGUCAAGCUGCACGCUACUAUCAACACAAUUCACAACUUGGAGAUUCUUUUCUUCUUCACUCGUCCUAUUCAGUGCAAAUCCUUAAGGGUUCUUUGGUACAUCUCUCUGGGGGAAUCCUUAAGGGGUUUAUAUAAAACCCUACACCAGAGGGUUUCUCUUUCAGAGAGAUUCUGUUGAAGUAGAAGCAGUUUAGGAAGCUAAGAAAGGUUCAAAUUCAAAGAACCCUUGAGGAACCUGGAUCGUAGAACUACUCUGUCGUGGGGUUGGGGGGACACUAAAAAUAACAACAGCAAAUCUCAGCUUUGGUAAUUGUUAUGCUGCCUUGUAUUUCUGUGUUUUAUGGGGGGGGGAAUCCUCUUCUUGCUUUGAAUGACUGUAAAAUUGUUUUAUUUGCUUAAUGCCGGACCUCAUCUGUGGUGUGAAAAAUAAAGUGUACGCUGCUAAGAUCCAAAUAAAUAUACUACAAAUAUGAAUCAUUACAAA